GACCUCAGGGCGCGCAUGGAGGUGACGGCUAUAGCCACACAGGGCCGCCAUGGCAGUCAUGACUGGGUGACCAGCUACACACUUCUCUACAGCGACAGCGGGAGUGUGUGGAAGCAGUACAGGAACGAGGACAGAGUUGCGAGAUUGGUGGGGAACAUGAAUUCCGACAGUGCAGUCUAUCACAAACUCAGUCAACCCAUUCGAACCCGAUUUCUGAAAUUUAUUCCUCUUGAAUGGAACCCCAGUGGCAGAAUUGGGCUCAGGAUCGACAUCUACGGCUGCGCAUACAAAUCGUAUGUGGCAGAUUUUGACGGCAGAAGCUCUCUGCUCUACCGGUUUAACCAGAAGUCCAUGAGCACAGUGAAGGAUGUGAUCUCGCUGCGCUUUAAGAGCCGACAAACGGAGGGCGUUUUGCUGCAUGGGGAGGGCCAGAGAGGAGAUUACAUCACACUGGAGCUACACCGAGGGAGACUAGCGUUACACCUCAACCUCGAUGAUACCCGGGUCAGGUCAAGCAGCGGCCGUAUGUUGGUCACACUGGGCAGUCUGCUCGAUGACCAGCACUGGCACUCAGUGCUCAUCGAGCGCUUUAACAAGCAGGUCAACUUCACCUUGGACCGACACACGCAGCACUUCAGGACCAAAGGGGACGGAGACUCUCUGGAGGUUGACUAUGAGCUCAGCUUUGGUGGGAUCCCACUCCCGGGGAAGCCUGGAACGUUCCUCAGACGGAACUUUCACGGUUGCGUGGAGAAUCUCUACUAUAACGGAGUGAACAUCAUCGAUCUGGCCAAGCGACGCAAGCCUCAGAUAUACACUGUGGGAAAUGUGACCUUUUCAUGCUCAGAGCCACAGCUGGUUGCUGUUACCUUCCUGAGCUCGAGCAGUAGCUUCCUGUCCUUUCCAGCUCCUGCUCCGUCUCCAGAUGGGCUCUCGGUCCGCCUGCAGUUCCGAACCUGGAAUCCCGACGGCCUGCUGCUGUCCAGUCGACUAGCAUUGGACAUGGAACAGCAUUACCUGUUACUGCGCAUCAGCAGCGGCCGUCUCCGCCUCACACACCACACCUCUGACCAUAAAACACUGGAAGUGUCCAUUGGGCAAAGGGUAAAUGAUGGUCUCUGGCACUCAGUGAGUCUCAGCACCAGGGGUCUGCAGAUCAUCAUGACUCUGGAUAACGAGCCAGCAUCCACCAUUCAGCUAGAGGACUACCUGGAACCAAAGGACAGCUACUACUUUGGGGGUUGUCCGGCGUCUCAGAAUGGCUCUGGCUGUAUGAAUACUGUAAUGGCCUUCCAAGGCUGCAUGCGCCUCAUCCUCAUCAACAACCAACCUAUGGACCUCAUGCACAUCCAGCAAGGGAUUGCAGGAAGCUGGAAUCAAAUAGAGUUUGACAUUUGUGGCAUUCAGGACAGAUGUCUGCCUAAUUUCUGUGAAAACGGCGGCCGCUGCUCUCAGACGUGGUCCUCUUUCUCCUGUGAUUGCGCAGGGACAGGAUACAGUGGUGCUACGUGCCAUAACUCGAUCUAUGAAGCCUCGUGCGAGGCCUACAGGCUUUCAGGAAGCACCUCAGGCUACUUCUCUGUCGAUCCUGAUGGCAGCGGCCCUCUGGGUCCCAUUCAGGUCUACUGCAAUAUGACAGAGGACAAAGUAUGGACCGUGGUCCACCACAACAGCACUGAUGCAGUCCGAGUCCAUGGAUCGACACCAGAGAAACCCUAUGAAGCUCACUUUGACUACGGCGCCUCUCCAGAUCAACUCCGAGCCCUGGUUUUACAAUCGGAAUACUGCCAGCAGACGCUGAUCUAUCAGUGCAGGAGAGCUCGACUCUUCAACACAUGGGAUGGCGCUCCUUUGUCCUGGUGGCUGGCGCGUGGUGGUGAAAGAAGGACGUAUUGGGGAGGUUUACUUCCUGGUGUUCAGCAUUGUGCCUGCAGUCUGGAGGAAAACUGCAUCGACAUGAACUUCUUCUGUAAUUGCGACGCUGACCGAUACUCAUGGGAAAACGAUACCGGGCUCCUGUCCUAUAAAGACGACUUACCAGUGAGCGGAAUCGUAAUAGGAGACACACACCGAGCGAGAUCUGAGGCAGUCUUCAGUGUUGGACCCCUACAAUGCUCUGGUGACAGGUCUCUUUGGAAUGCAGCAUCUUUUUAUGACGAGGCUUCGUACCUGCUCUUCCCUGCUUCACAAAUGGAGCUGUCCUUCGACAUCUCCUUCUACUUCAAGACCGGCUCGCCCUCAGGAGUCUUUGUUGAAAACGUCGGCUCACGAGACUUCAUCAGAGUCGAGCUGAGCUCUCCUUCAGUCGCUACCUUCUCGUUUGAUGCGGGCUACGGGCCGACCGUGCUAAACGUUAAAUCUCCGGUGCCGUUGAACGAUCGCCAGUGGCACUGGGUCCGAGCUGAGAGGAAUGUAAAGGAGGCAUCGCUGCAGGUGGACCAGCUGCCGCUGCGCUUCCUGGAGCCUCCAGCACACACACACAUACGCCUGCAACUCAACAACCAGCUCUUCGUGGGAAGAACAGCUUCCAGACAGAGAGGCUUUCUGGGCUGCAUGCGAGCGCUUAAUGUAAACGGCGUGAACUUUGACCUGGACGAGCGAGCCAAGGCAACCCCGGGUGUGAGCUCGGGCUGUGCGGGUCACUGCAGCAGCUCUGCAGGUGUUUGCCACAACCGGGGCAGGUGUGUGGAGAAGAGCACCGGCUACGUGUGUGACUGCACACACUCCGCAUAUGGAGGGCCAUCCUGCAAGGAAGAGGUAUCGGUGUCCUUCGAGAAGGGUUCCUCAGUGACAUACACAUUCCAAGAGCCUUUCUCCGUCAUACAAAACAGAACGGCGCAGGUUUCCUCCUCGUCCUCUGCAUACAGCAAGUCCAGAGACAACAUGGCGCUCAGCUUCCUCACCACACAGAGUCCUGCUAUGCUCCUCACCGUCAACACCUUCACCCAGCAGUACGUAGCGGUUAUCCUCGCCCGCAACGGGAGUCUGCAGAUUUGGUAUCAGCUUCAUAAGGAGCGAAGGCCCAGUGUGUUCAGCCCCGUGCUCACGAGUCUGGCAGAUGGGAAGCUUCAUCGACUCCGACUUCACAGAGAAGGAAAAGAUGUCUAUGUGCAGGUUGAUCAAGACAAUAAAAAGUACACCCUCUCACAGGACACUGACUUUAACUCGAUGCGAUCACUAACCCUCGGAAAGAUUACAGGAGCUGAUGCACUGGACGAGGAAGUAGCACAAGCAGGAUCCAAAGGUUUCAUUGGCUGCUUCUCAUCUGUUCAGUACAAUCACGUAGCUCCAUUAAAGGCAGCGCUGCUGAACCGUGGGAGCUCUUUGGUCAGCAUACGAGGCCAUUUGCUUGAGUCUAAUUGUGGAGCGCUGGCAGAUUUAUCAACCUCUAAAUCCCGUUUAGACCACGUGGAAGAGGUGGGUCCAGAUAACAAGCAUGGCAAAGAAGACACCCAAAGAGAUUCAGCGGUAAUUGGAGGCGUGGUCACAGCUGUGGUGUUCGUAACACUGUGCUUGCUGGCUGUGAUGGCACGGUUCCUGUACCAACACCGGCAGAUCCGGAGGACCACCAGCAUCCAGGAGAAGGAGCAUAGGCGCAGUCUUGAAGCUGCCUACAGGGCAGAACUUCACCUGAACCAGUCUAUAAGGGACAGUAUGAAGGAAUACUACAUCUGAUGGACAUUAAGAGCCUUUUAGCCACUGAUUAUCCCUCCUCGAGUUUAGUCCUUCUGCACGCUCAUGGUGCGGACUUUAU